GUGGUGGCAAUAACAUAACUAUUGUACCAUUUAGUAAUAGGCUUUGGAAUGCUUUGGAAUAUGUUGUGGUUUAAAUGAGUAGAAAAACUAUCAAUACACAACCCAUGAUGCAGCUUCAGCUGAUGUCCGUGAGCGACAGAAAUCUCUCCGAUCAAGAGUGGACUCCGGUAAAUGACACAACUAGAACGAUGUAGCAGCAAACGAGGUGGCUUAAAUCCAAAUCCCUAGCAACAAACGAGUGCAGCAGGCAGCAGCAGAGGGUGGGCGAUAAACCGGCCCCAGCCUGGUCAAGUAAGCCUUCAUCCCCCUCUUUAGAAAGCAAUAAAUUUCCAUCCCUGCGUUCAUUUCGUAGAGCACCUCGCUGCGGCUCUCUGUCGAAGGGAGGGUGGGAGGGAAGGGCACAAGCUCUCUGUGCGUUGAAGUGGGGGGGGGGGGUCACUCUUACAAACCUUCGUCGAGUAUUGAAUUGAUUCGGAUCCGCCUCCAGCCGGCGAGGUUGGCGAGAGUGGGAAUUAGUGAUGGCGCUCAUGCAGCGGAGGGCGCGCGUGAACCUGCAGGAGUUCAAGGCGAGGUUGGUGAAGAUCCUGGGCCCGGCCAAGGAGAGUCUGUACUGCAACCUGCUCUCCAGGUUUCUGAGUUUGCGGCUGUCAAAGGAGGAGCUUGACAGAUUGGUGCUGUCCACCAUUGGCAAGGAGAAUGUGGUUCUGCACAACAGCUUCGUGCGGGCAAUCUUCAACAAUGCUACGUGCGGCGAGGCCCCCCCGCCCCCCGCAUCCCUGCCCGACAUCUCCAAACCCUUGAAAGGUGUUCGGCGGAAAGCUACGACGUCCUCGGGAGGAGUGGACGAGGGGCCGACUUCGGCAGCAGCAGCAGGAGCGCAGUUGCAAGGCGGUCGAUCGAACGGAGAUGGAUUUGCGGGUUCGUCUCGAAAGGGUCGGUCCGGCAUCCGCGACAGGAAGGGUGCAGAGAGGCCGAGUCCGUUGGGGAGCAGCAGGGCGGAUACGUCGACGGCCAUGGAUGACGAUGUGGCGAGGAUGGUGGAGAACGGGCAUGGUGGCGGACCAGACUUGCUGCGGCCGGUGCAAUGUUCACAGUAUGGGGCGGAACAGCCGGAGACAUGGCAGGGUUCGCAUCCUGCAAAAAGAGCCCGGUACGAGGAAGACGGUGAAUCGGAAGGGGAGGAGGCAGGCGGAGACGCGGAGGCGGAAGAGGAGGACGAGGAUGUGGGCACGAUGUGGCUGACGAGGUCGAACGUGAGCGUUCCGCUGGGAAUUCCGUUCUGCAGGCCCAGUGCAGGGGGGGCUCGCAUGGCGGCUGCGGCAGCAAUGCCUCCAGGGUUGGUGACGCUGUCGAAACUGGGAUAUGGGGUGGACGACGACGACGGUUGCAGCGACAGCAUGCUGCCGUCGACGGAGAGCAUCCGGCAGCGCGUGCAGAUGGGGGGUUGUUUGGAGAGCGGGUUGGAAAGCUGCGACGCAAGCAGCGCGGAGGUGAUCAGGUUGGGGCUGGAAACGCACCUGCUGAGAAUAAUAAAGUACGUGGUGGAGCUGAAUCGGGCGAAGCGGGGAAGCCACAGAGAGGGUUCGGGGAAGGAGAACGGCAAUGGGAGUUGGUGGGGUCACAUGGAAAAGGCAGGAAGCCAAGAAAGGGGUGGGAACGAGUGGAAUCAUCAUGUGACGACGGGUAGAGAGAGGGGGUUGGGAGGAGAGGAGCAGGAGCAGGAGCGGGCGACGGUAUCAGCGCUGGACUUUUACGUGGCUAUGGAUCUGGAUCGUUCGAAGCUGGGGAUGAAUUGGUCGAUGCUGUUGGAGAAGGCGCUGCUUCGAGUGGUGUGGGAGCAAUAGCAGGAGAAGGGCGGGUGGAUGUUAUGUACUUUAUGAGGUUGGAGUAGAGGUCAUACUUGGUGCACGAGAGGUUGGGGUAGACCCAGCGGAAGGAGACGAGACCCGUUGGUGAGAUGGGCAAGAGAUGGGUAGAGCGGAAUUUUGGCAUGGGCGAUGACAGCGAAGCAUGUGCAGUGGUGGACGGGGGGUUUUUGUAUGAGAUGGAGUUUUGUGGAGAGGGAGUGGUGUAAAGGAUAGGCUGUCAGUCGCGGCAAACUCCUUGUAGAGACGAGGUUCUUUACGUUUUUUAGUAUUUCUAAUUUUUUAGGUUUAUAUUUUAUGUUUCAAAUUUGUUUUUAUUGAUUUUAGCUUUUCAGACGAAUUCGAAUUGUUGCUAAUAAAUGGCUUUUAUCUGAAGCUAUUGUUCAUUUAUUUCGAUUGAAUCGAACGGAGAUGCUGUUUUGUUC